GCGGCAUUCGACAAAAUCUGUCCAUCACACACAACACCCCACACGAAGCUAGCAUGGGAUGUCACUGGUGGCCGCUGCCGCUCCUGAUCAUGUUCGUGACGGGUUUGGGUGUUGGUAUCUCGCUUGUGACCAAGACAGGGAUAUUUGCAACCGGGACGUCUUCCUCGUCCGGUGGCAAGACGUCGCCGCCGGCAUUGAUUCCAGGCAAAAAUGGAACGCUGGUCCCCGUACCGCCAGUGUGCUUAGCACGCAACCAGUACCUCAAAGACAACAAGACGUGCACGACAUGUCCAGGCGGCAAGAACGGCAACACGUUCAGUGUGUUUUGGGAGUCCCAAGCCGACGGAUGCCAAGAGUUUGCCGCGAGCGAGGCCGCCAAGUACGUGACCCACAUCUACUGGGGAUUCGCCACCAUCGAUGGUACGACCGGGGCCGUGAGCCAAACGCUCCAAGGCAACGACGCCACGUUGCGUGCGUGCAUCAACACGUUUCAAAACAUGUGCAUUCAAAACUACAUCAGCAUCGGCGGCGCCACAGAGCGCAAGACGUUCCUCAUGCUCAAAACCCAAGAUCACUGGAACACGUUUGCCAAGACCGCGGCGUCGCUCGUGCAAAUGUUCAACUUUAGCGGCGUCGACAUCGAUGACGAGAGCGGCAACUUGGACGCGGGCGGCGACUGGGUCAAGACCGCACAGCCACAGGUCGUGGGGUACCUCUCGGCGCUGCGCAAGGAGCUGAACGCGCUUCCCAGAGGACCGUACCCUAUCUCAUGGGACGAGUUCCCCGGGUCGCUCGAAGACGGAUGCAACAACCCGACCGCCGAGUAUGGCCGAUGCUUUCCCACUAAGAUCCUCCCGCUCGUGGAUCAAGUCAACAACAUGCUGUACAACCAGGUGUCGGUACGUUUCUUGAAUCGAAAUGGACGAUGAUGAUGACGAUACCUGACCGAAUAGGCGAAAAUGGACGGUGUGUUGUCGUCGGUGCCGACGACGUGGGGCCCGACGGUCGGCAAGGACAAGCUUGUGAUCGGAGGGUGUGUGGGGAAAUCCGGAAGCGGGGUGUGCGGAGAGUACGGCGACGCGCCGACGCCCGCGCAACUGACAGCAUACGCAACAACUGGUGCCGACUACCAAGGCGCGAUGUUGUGGACGUCGAGUGCGGACUGGCGGUUGAGCAAAGGAGCGAACACCCUCUUGAUGGGCAAGGCUGGCAACUAUGGUGUCGAUUGGUAAUUAAGACAGUGAAUCCAUGUGAGUGCUUGAUGCAGCCCGCCUGUCUGGUGGAUUGCGGAAUCGAAUAUGGAGCGUCGAAUCCAGAGAUACUCCGCAAGAUGCCGCGACGCCGUGGCAUGCUUCCUCGAUCCCUUGCACCUCUGUCACAGUGUUGUGCAUUUGAGAAGGGCAUGUAUUUAAUUGACCAAAUCUAUGUUCCAUA